GUGUGUAAAUGGCACAUGUUGUUGAUGCUAUUCGGUUAUUGCAAUUCCAACCUCUUCUUCUCCUUCCUUCAACCCUCAACACUUCUUCCAACAUCAAUAGGGCACUCUCACUCUCACUCUCUCCCAUCGCUUCUUCUUCCUCUGCUUCUCUUGCCUCUGCAGCUCCCAGAAAGCACUUGCUUUCUUUCAAGGUAUGUGCAAGUGUUGCUGAAACUGGUCAACCAAAAUGGUGGGAAAAGAAUGCACCAAAUAUGAUUGACAUUCACUCCACGCAAGAAUUUCUGAAUGCUUUAAGUGGAGCUGGGGAUAGACUAGUUAUUGUUGAAUUCUAUGGAACUUGGUGUGCAUCGUGCCGAGCAUUAUUCCCCAAGCUAUGCAGAACAGCUGAAGAACACCCUGAAAUUCUUUUCCUAAAAGUGAACUUUGAUGAGAAUAAGCCGAUGUGCAAAAGCCUGAAUGUAAAAGUACUUCCUUACUUCCACUUUUAUCGAGGGGCUGAGGGGCAGCUGGAGUCAUUUUCCUGUUCACUUGCCAAGUUUCAAAAGAUAAAAGAGGCCAUUGAGACACAUAACACUGCUAGGUGCAGCAUUGGUCCACCAAAGGGUAUUGGUGAUCUGCUUCUUGAACCUUCCAAUGUUCCUGUUCCCAAGGAUAGACCAGCAGAACCUGUUUGAAGCAUAGGUGCAUCUUUGUAAUUUAUAAGGUGGUUUCACAAAGGGAAAGAAAAAACCCCUCAAAAGAAGGCUGUGAUCUAGAGAAAACUUAUUGAUAUGAAGGGAUUUAUAUAAAUGUAUUCUGUAUAUUUUUCACUUAUUUUUUUUAGAAGGAUAAUAUAGCACUCAGGAGUUGUUUUAACUCUACUUCAUUCUUUUUUCCAUUCAUUAGCUGAUUGUAAUCAAAUACUUGAGAACUUCAGUGAAAAUGAAUUAAGGAUUAAGCUGUAUUUAGUUGAAACAUUUAUUUUUAUGUAAACUGAACAUCACUUGUUCAGGCUUAGAAAUGGGUAAUUAAUUUAUUUAGGCUGGCUUUCUACCUAGCUUAGAAAACAUUACUUGAAUUUUGGCCAAUGAGAGGAUGUGUUUUAUGAA